AUGGACACGAUUGCUCCGAAAAAGCUGAAAUUAGAAAGUCUACUCGAGGACAAGUUUCCAUGGAGACAAUCCACGAAUAAUCAAUCUACAAUUGACAGUGACACAAGCUCAAGGAAAUCCCCUUCAACUUCACCUCCACCUGAAAGUCAUCCAACUCUUACAUCUCUUUUAUCUGCUCCAUCAAAAGCUUUUUCCCCGGGAAGACCUGUUGCCACUCGUGUACCCAAAAAUGAAGAGUCGAUCGCCUUCUUUGCUCAAUGCACAACAUGUCGGGUGUAUAUCCCAGAUCAAGAGGCUUUUGUUCAACACGUUCUCCUCCAUUACCCAAAUCAGUUUCGGUUGAUCAAUGGCAAGAACGGGAAGAGGGCGAAAAGUGUCAGAUCAUCGCCAUCCUCUUCUGUGUCUGCUACAUCGCCUCGUCUUGAAAAUCUGACAAAGUCGAAAGCCACUCCAAUAUCAGCAAGUACAACCAACAUCGACUGCCCUCCUUCGACAAGUGCAAGCAACGGAACAAACAGCGUUCUCAGGAGUCUUUUGUCAAACAGAAAUGCAAGUACUUCUGGAAUUUCUGGAAUAAUUAAUCGAGGAGCUGUGCUAACGUCAAACAAAAAUGAGAAGGAUAUUUGCGACACGUGUGGAGAAGUUUUCGAGAAUAAACAAGACUUGUCGAUUCAUCAAAAGCGGCAUCAAAGUCAAUCCAUUUCGGCUUUUACACAAGAUAUUUUAAAGCAAGUUGCACUGAAAAUUGAGGAGGAUUUGCCGCUUGAAGAAGAAAAGUUAAAUACUGUGCCAUUCUCAGCACUCGAUGAUUCAUCGAUAACGGAAAAGAAUUUAAAUGAUCUCUUUGAAAUCUAUCGAUCUUGUAAACAAGAUUUCAACAAAUCUGCAAUGAAAACUCCAAAAGUUGAGCUU